AUGCCAAAUACUUCAUUAGUUAUUAUCAAUCAAUAAAAAAGAUCAGUUUAAUUCAGUGAAUAAGAUACUGUUCACAUUGUUGAAAACUGGAAGGAAUUCAAUUACACUCCUAAAGAGAUUAAAAUUAAGGAUAGAAAAUUAAAAGUGGAAAAAAUAGUUAUUAGAACUGACUUCGAAAAUUAUGUGUUGGAAAAAUACAAUAAAAUUAAAUCUACAUUAAAAGAAUUUACAACUUCGUGCUCAUUUCUUUGA